UGCAGAAGAAACAGUGGUUUGCUGGGAAACUCUAUAUACCCCCGCAGCUAGGCGUUGCCAUCGACAUCAUCGACACCGUCGUGAGGAAAGACUCCCUCACAGAGAUAGGCAAGAAGUAUAACCACAAACCUCCACCGCAGCUGAUGCUCCACUAUAACCCUACAUUGAACGGAUUUACAAGUCAAGCUAUCCUGCUGGAGCUUGGCGAUGCUGUGGGUGUGGCUGAAGUAGGCGAGCCAGCAGCAACAAGUGUAGCAAUCUUCUAUAAGGCAAUCACCUCUCUUGGAUACUUGAAGAAUUCUUGGGCCGAGAUGGACUUCCUGAUCGCAUGCUUUGGCUUGGAAUCAAUUCUUGGCCAGAACACUCUACCAACCAGCUUUCACGACUUCUAUAAACAGGCGAGGCUGAUGCUAUUAUCAGGUCGAGCUAUAGAAUUCCUGCAGCCGACAAGCUUUCAGAAAUCCCUGCAAAGGUGGGUCUUUGACUGCUCGACCGACAACUUCAAAGAGAUGGUGAGCUUUCUCGUUGUGCAUCUGAGGAAAGACAAGAGUGCUUGGAGUGUUGUGGCUACUAGACCUGAGACUAAAUCAGAAUUUGAGAUGACUUCUGAAUCGAUGACCAAGUUCACACCAGCUACAAAUCUGGAAGAAGCAGGCGCCACAAGCACGGAAGACUUUCGAAUUCUUUUGCAGCCGAAUGCUCCACAAACAGAUUCGCAGUCAAAAAGGGACUCGCCGCCGAUCACACCGACUUCGUACCGGCCUACACAUGCCUCUAAUGAACAGGACGAACAAGGGCAACAAGCUGAGGAAGAUCAGCAAACCAGCGAGUCGCUCGGCCAUGACAAGUUUGGGCCUCGCGAGAUUCUUCAAGCGUUCGCGCAGCUGAUGCAAGCCCAAGAUGUGGUGGCACAUCUUGCUAAGGGUACGCUCUGGCUAGAAUGUACACAGCUUGCGUCUUACAUAAAGGAUGUGUACGUUAGCCUCACAGGAGAUCAGCCCUAUGUAGGUUCGACGGAGGACUUCAAGUACAUACCCCUGCUUCUUGAGUUUCUUUACCGAAAUGAUGAGAAGCGCGACGAUGUGCUACGAAGCGGUGUGCUACAGACAUUCAGUCAACACAUCAAGAAGAAUGGUGGAAAGUACCUCCAAAGAGUGAAGGAUAUCAGCGGCGUGAAUUGGAAGGGAAAUUUAUGAUGUCGAACAGCUAUUCGCUUUCUGUUUUCUGGUUACCUUCUACUCCGAUCAUACUCUAGCUCCGCUUUCUUGGCUAUU